AUGGAGCUGUAUUUGGUGUUGGUAUCCAUCAUUUCGCUAUGGAGCGUGCAAGCUGCUCCAGUGCUUCACAACCCAUUUGAAGUGGACGCUCCUCUACCAUUGAUAAACUUGCUCCAGAUCGGCGGUAUCGGAAGCGAUGCUAUCAGUGACGUGUCGCCGUCUUCAACUGAAAAUGCAGGAUCUGGCUUAUUGGCAGGUGAGGGGACUUCUGAUGUACAACACGGCGCCCCUGCUGAUGCGCAUGCAUCACCAGACACGCCAACUGGUACCCAGGGCGUUCCAGCGGUAUCUGCAGAGGUUACGCAGUCAGGAGAACAUAUGAACACCGCUGGAUUGGCGACAAAUGCGCAGUAUGGCAAUGUUACGGAUAAUGCAGGUUUCCCAGUUGCGGGUGAAACCGCUGCUCCAGGUUUGCAAAAUGGCAAUGCAGUGGGUCAAGAUACAUCACAACAACCUACAAUGGAUGCAACUGGCGCUGGGCAGACCAGUUCUAUGCCCUCCGUGCCUACGACUGACAAUAUGUUCUCAUCAUCUAACCCGGUGUCACCUCAGGGUUCGGACACUAUUACCAGCGGAGCACCGUCGGAGCACGUUGCACCUGAGGGAAGCGCUGUGAACACUGCAUACAAUGCUGAGAGUGCUCCAUCUGCGACCACGGAAGUGUCUGCUGGCGAUUUCCCCAGUAUCGAUUCUUCUGCGCAUGGCGCCGCUCCGUCGGAGUCAUCGGCAACCUCCCCCGCUCAUUCACCUGCUGAAAACGCUAACGGUGAUGUUGCAGCAGGCAAAAACUCUGUUGAAGAAAUGAUUGUGCCAUCUACGGCUCCUCUUACGUACGGCGCACCAGGUUCAACCGAGGGUGCUGAUGGCACUGCUGCGGCCACCACGGACUCAUCAACAGGUCUGGCAACCGAUUCAACCAGCCAAACUGAGGCAUCUCCUGCGUCUGACACUCCCGCGUCAGACAACGCACAGCCUGCGGAGGCAAAUGCAGAAGCAUCUCAAGCUGGUGAUGCUGGGAGUAUCGAGCCAGGAUCCACAGAAUCAGCUGCGACUGGUGAAUCUACCGAUGAACCCGCCACUUUGUCGACUGAAGCACCGCCAUCCACACUCAUUGGCGAAGAAGCGCCUACGGAACAGGCCCCUGAAAUCCCCUCCGACUCGUACAACAAGGAAGACAUGGAGAAGAACAGCGAUGCUACGAAAAUCGAUCUUGGAGAUGUGAUUGAAGGAGGUAAUCAGGGGUUGUCCAAAAUUACGGACGGGGUCGACCAGGAGUGGCUGAACAAGGAAUCUACUGCCGAAUCGAUCCAGCAGAAGCUCCCCGAAGGUACCGGUUACACGUACAAUAAGAGUGCUCGUAUGUUGACUCCGGUUGUGCAGCAGCCAAAGAGGAUGGGUGGAGUGUUGCAGACUCUUAUCGACAAGGAGGCCGAGAUCCGCCGCCGCACGGAGCAGGCAGUUCACAUCGAACACGAUCUGCGUCUGCGCGUUACUCGUGAAACCGCUGAAGUCGUUGCGCUUUUGACGAAUGAGGACCUCUUUGAGCUUAAGAGGAGCCACCCGCUGGUGUUCACGAGGAUCGUCGAGCCACUCAAGGUGUCAGUUGCUAUGGGGCAGCUGAACAAAAGCGCUAACACUAUUGUGAGCACUUACGAUCGCAACUGGUACGUUCGUGCCACGCCUAAGGAGAAGGCGGAUCUGCUGGCUAACAUUCGGAGGGAUACCGGCCGUGCAAACCUGUUUGCUUCAAAGGUGAAGAAGCCUAAGACGAUGACCCCGGAGAAAGCAUCGGUGUACCAACGUCUCGACGAGUUCUUCAACGAUUACCAGUGUCAGAAGGUUAUCCGAGGCAAUCAGGUGGCAAAGCAGAUGCUGCGCAUGUUUUCCGAGAGCAGUGGUUUGUACGUGGCUCCCUUCUACACCGAUGUUGUCCCGACGUUGGGUAGCCUAUGGAUGAUUGCGAGGUUUGAGAAGUUCUACAGCCAGAGUGAAAUGUUGAGGGCCGAGGUCCUGUCCAAGUCGCUCCCGCAAAUGGUCGGUCGGUUCAUGGUGAUGGUGGAAAACGGCACUCUGUUGCCGACCUCCACUGAGCUUCAAGCGAACCUGUACUCGCUGGCCACUAUGCUCAGCAAGAUCAUGGACGGUGUGGCCGGAGCUAGCAAAUUCAUGGGAAAGCGCAAGUUCUACGGGUUCAUGGGCAUGUGCGAUGCUGGCUGUGCUCGCGGCAUUGAGACCGACGCUCCCGAUGGCGAUGCCACCAAGAAGUUUGUUCUGAACAAGCAGCGCGAGAUUUUGCGUUGGGUAUCAUUCUACCUGCGUGACGACCUGUUGCGCAUCGAUACCACUGUGCAGAAGACCAUGCUGGAGCUUAUGUUCCGCACGACAAACUCCGAGGAGUUCGUCCUGUCGCCGAAGAACGUAAAACUGCACCUGAAGUCAGAGAUUGUGAAGAGCAACGCCCCGUCUAUGUUGGAGCUGCCUCGUAGACACGCUAAGCAAACCAAACAACCGAAGCCGCAAAAACCGGAAAAGAAGGUAGACGACAAGGAACGCAAGGUGCUCAUGGGGCGCUUCAUGAGCGGUUACCGUCUGCCCGGUCGUCGGGUAAACAACAAUGUCGACUUCCGUGACAUUGCGCCCUACAACGCCUUUAAGACGCCUGCCAAGUUGGUCGCCUCCCUGGACAACGGUCUUCUGGCGAUGUUGGAGGUCAUCUCUGACGUGGUGAACCUGACCACCGCCGGCGACUCGAGCAACUUGUACUUCCAGGCAUUCAACACGUGGGUGCAGCUGCAAUCGUUCCAUGCCGCAAUCCACGCAUUCGAGCCCAGCACUUCUCGUCGCAAGACGACUUCGAAGACGCUUGGCGCUGUGUUCCGUUUCCUGAACAUGAGCGCUAGUGCCCACAUCGAGUCGAUGCCCAGGCAGUUCCUGCCCUUCGCGUCUUUGAUUCUGCAGCUAUCGUUUUACUUCCAGAACUCCGUUGAUGGGUAUGAGCGCGGAAAGCUGAAGGGUAUCAAGAAUUUCUUCAAGGGUUUGUUGAAAUUCGGUCUCCGCAGUCGCAUGGGUCCCAGCAACUUCGACGAGCUGCAAAGCUACUUCGAAACGCAGGUCGUGUAUAACAAGGCGCGUUACAACAUCGGUCGUGCCGUUGUGGCCAAGUUGACGAGCGACUUCAAGAUGAUGUUCCUGGGCAAGCCCGCCAUCCCGACACCCAUCAUCCAGCUUAUCACGGUCUACGUCGGUUUGUGGACCCGUGGCAGCGCGGCUUCCUUGGACUUCGCCGAUCCCAGCAUAGACCCCGUGCGCAAGGCGUUCUUCCUCGGCUAUUUGUCGAACAAAUCGGAUCUGUCGACUCUUGCAACGGAGAUAAUCGUGCAGCACUGCGCAUCAAAGGCGCCCGUGUUGCACUUGGGCUGUUUGAAGGCAAACGAUAAGGGGAGGAGCUCGUGCAAGCAGUUUUCCGUCCGCACUAACAAGCGCGAUGUGUUGAAACUGAUGCAGACCCUCGACGCGACAUUCGAGGACCCUCUGGAUAUAGUGCGUGUGGCUUCGGACACAGCUCGUCGUUGCAGUGCUAUGCCUGCGCGUACAGGAAUAAGAUCGAGUGAUAAGAAUCCGCGUGACCGUGAUGUGACCAUGCUGUUUUCCGAACUCGCCAUGAGGUACCACUGCUACAAGGCGCAGGUGACGGCUGCCGGCCAGCUUGUGAAGAUCUUGUCCAAUCUGAAGGAUCAGUCGGCGGUACAAUCUACUAUCGAGAACUUCUUCUCCACCAUGCGUACUAUAACCAUCAAGCAGUCCACGCUGAAAGAGAACGGCCCUACACUGGUCUGCCCGUUCAUGGACGACGCUCCCGAUGACCUGCGUAACCGUCACCGCAGCCGUAUCGUGGCGUACGUCAUGGACCGCGUGAGCUCUCGCCGCGGUGCAUUGGGUAUCUUGAAGAAACUGGGCAGCAUCUUUGGCGGCGGCUCAUCGGGGGCGAUUAAGGGAUCUGUGUCCAGCCGUGGCCCGCUUGACAAGAUCGCAGGUUGUAUUUUUGUUGGGACACGUUCUUACGACGGUAUUCUCUUCCACGGCGGAUUUGCGCCACCGGAGAAAAUCCCUAUUCCAGAGAGCGUCGCUGUGCGUCCUGGUGAGGGUCGUGUAGUGUAUGAUGGAGGUAACUUCGUAUCGGAGAUUGAGGCUUUGGCGCCAUCCACCGGGGUGAAGGCGGUAACCCUGGAGCAGCAGAACGGUCAGACACGCCGCAAGUAUGUCAUGGAAUCGGGCGACAAGUUCGGCGAAAUCUCAUUUGCCACGAAAUUCAAAGACUUCGUGGUACGGGCGCACGUGCUGACCACGGCGGCUGCAUUGCGUGGCAUGGGCUACGAUAUCGGCAGGUUCAUAUGGUGCGGUUACGAGCACGGUUGGGUCGCUGACUUCGCAUUACAAAACGUUAUUGGAAACAGCGACAUACCGGUGUUCAACGGCAAUUAUUGGGUGCUGAGCAAGCAGAUGGUUGUGUCCGAUGUGGUCGGGCAGAAGGUGCCGAUAAAGAACGGCGAACAGAUCAAGGACACCAGCGUCCAGAAUGUCAAUGUUGAAGUCAAGUCUGGUGACGGCAACAGCAUCGCAAGAUACCCAAGCAACCAGGGUUCCCCGUCGUCGUUCAUUACGAGCGGUGACGAGACCACGUUCACCUUCGACACCGGGUACGGUAAUGUAUCUCCGGCUGCCGUGCGCGACCUCGUCCGCAACGCAGAGUUCGACAGCGCCACCAACACCCUCGUCAUCAAUUUGGACGCCCCUGGCGCUGUUCUACAGGGAUCACCUAUCAGCAGCACAGGAUAG